CCGCUGAAGACCUGGCGCAGGCAUGCAGUAUGCUUGGAUACUGCUGCUGUACUUUGUGUGCUCCAAGUAUAGCUCCUCUGCCCUGGCCAACGAGCCAGGGAGCAGCAUCGGCAGCAGCAAAUGCCCUGACUAUCGCAGUGCGGAAUGACAAUGUCGAUGCGGUGUGUAGCGCUGCGAACAUUCCAGCCGGUGCUGGAGGACAAAGUCGGCCUGGCGCUGCUCAGAACAGCUUCCUGGGCUUGCCCUGCAUCUCGCUGGCACCCCAACCGCGGGGAAGCCAUGACCAAGAUCGAGCGCCUCUCUGAGGCAGUCGUCCGCCGGCUUCGGUCGGCUGUGACUGCCCCAACGCUCUCAAGAAUCGUGCUGGAGCUCCUUCAGAAUGCCCUGGAUGCCAAGGCAACCGCUGUCGAGCUUUGUCUCAACAUCCCGGAUGGCGGAUUCUGUCGGUUAUCCGAUAACGGCCAUGGGAUCACCCCGGCUGACUUUGAUCUGGUCGCAGAGCGAUAUGCAACAUCCAAGGCGGGCGGCGAAAGCAGCAGUCACAGCUUUGGCUUUCGUGGCGAAGCUCUUGCAAGCGUUACCGACAUUGCCGUCGUCGAAAUCACCAGCCGGUGCCCUAACCGGGUCGAGACCUACCACAAAAUCAUCAAGUACGGUAAAACCAUAUACAGCGGGCCAGCAGCCGAGCCCAGAAGCAACAGCGGGACGACCGUGGUCUUGCGCGAUGUCUUUGGCAACUAUCCCAUCCGCCAGGCCCUACUCAAGAAAACCGAAACAGUCGACAGCAUUCGGAGGGCCGUCGAGCCAACUUUGUUUAUCGCAUGUGGACUCGACUUUGAGAUCAUCGAUCGGUCGUCUGGUAAAAGAGCCCUCGUCCUGAAGAAGCAACGGAGCAUCCAGGCCUGCUUUUCGCAUCUGGCGGGCAUCAACGCCGCCGAGCUGCGGCCCUUUAGGGUAACAGUUGAUGGCUACCGCGCUGAGGGAUUUGUUGGAAACUCAGGAUAUCCCACCAAGCAACAUCAAUACUUGUACGUCAACCGGCAUAUUAUUACAAAUCAUGACAUGCACAAGUUCAUCAACUCACUGCUGGAAGAGCAACUGCAAAGCACACAUUCGUACGGAGCCAAGCGCCGUAAUCUCUAUUCCAUCUGGCUGCUCGAUCUCAGUUGUCCGGCCGACACAUGCGAUCUUCUGCUCGAUCCUGCAAAGGAGAUAGUCGAGUUUACAGACGUCUUUGCGGUCCAAGAAACCAUCUGCACUGCUAUCCAAGCGGCCACCAAGGCGUGGUCGGCAUCAAAGCCAUACCGAGCCCUACCUACCAACCCAACUCCGUAUCAAUUAUCUCCACGCACUGGCCACGAUAUAUCCAAUCCAGUUGCUGCCGGUACUCGGUCGAGAGUCUAUCAGCAGACGGUGCCGUCCUUCAGCGCUAUCCGUCGGGGUGUUCUCGAUUCCAAAUCCGAUGCCAGACUCGAUUUUUCUCUGGCCACUCGCAGCUCACUCGUUCCUCAGUUUAUCGCAUCGCUGACAAGCGAUGGGAGGCCCAACACCGCUCUCGAGGAAAUCGAUGCAGCGUCAGCCAGUCCUCGUAUUCAAGCGGAUCGGAGCCUUGCAUUAUCCACACAGAGUGCAGCCCCCUCCUGCAACGAGCCCGGAGCGUAUUUUGUGAACUCACAGUAUCACUUUCCGACCGACCAAGCGCUUCGCAAGGACGACAUAGCGAUGUUCAAGGUCCUGUCCCAGGUGGACAGCAAAUUUAUUGCAUGCGUUGUCCACAGGCGAAACAACACCGGAUCGACGAUUGUCAUCAUCGAUCAACAUGCGGCUGAUGAGCGCAUUCGUCUUGAGCGACUGCUCUCCGAGCUGGACUGGCCUGACUUGGGGCUUUUGGGACCACACGCCCCUCCAGACACCACUGACAAGUUGGCCGGUCUUCCGUCGCUUCCACUCACCGAAAUUCCUUGUACCUUCAUCAUCGACGAAGCCUUGGAACCAGUUUUUCGCAGACACCAGCAGCAUGCUCGUCGCUGGGGCUUUGUCUAUCAAGUUCGCACUGCCCGCUCACAGUUUGAUAGCCGGCCGGACUACGCUGUGGUCCUGUCGCACAUUCCCCGGGUCAUUUCAGAUCGAUGUCUUGGGACCUCUGGGCUCAUCGAGGCUCUACUUGUCCAGAUCGUGCAUGGCUUUGACGCCGAGCCGUCAUCUACACACACGUGCCCGAGGUCGUUGAUGGAAGUUCUCAACUCGAAGGCAUGUCGGUCGGCAAUCAUGUUUGGAGAUCGCCUCUCAACAAGCAGAUGCGUCGAGAUGGUCGAGCGGCUCAAGAUGUGCAAGUUCCCAUUCCAGUGCGCGCAUGGCCGGCCAAGUAUGAUACCCGUCGCCCAAAUUCCCAACAGACCGCUGGUGCAAGACAAAAAGUACCAGAUCAAGCGCCUAUCGAUGAGGACGUGGAGGCCAGACGCAUCUCGAUUCACACCGAACGCCGCCCAAGACGGCACAGCACAGGCCAUGAGGCCGUCCAGUUCAUGAAGCAUCGCAUGUUGUACUGUUGGGGCUCCUGUGUCCAUUCUGAAUAUACGCACAGUCAUUGCAGUCGCUCCAAA